AUGGCCCAACCACCCGGAAAUUACCCUCUCAACUUCUUCUAUGAAGACGACUUGCCAUGUCGAAGAAUUGCUGAGAGCCUAGCUUCUUUCCAUGGAGAAGCGAUGAAACGUUCUGAUACGUAUCAUGAUAUGGUACAUGCAGUCUUUCAAUCGGGCAACAUAGACGUUUACAUCCGUGAUCAACUCGAACAUGGUUCACUGCGAGUGAUUUGGUCCUUUGACCCGAGAUCUGGCACAUACCCUACAAGAGUAGACAUAUCUCGCAGAGACAUCGAGGCCCAAGCCUGCAAGGCAUCCAAAGAGGAGUACUCAAAGGUUACUAGGAUGUUAGCCAUCAGUUUCCUUAUCGGCGGCGUUCGCAAAGCCUUUCGAUUUAGUAUGCCGGGGAGCCCAGCGGAUACUGCAGAGCGACACGAGCCCGAAGACGAUAUAGCCGUUACACGCGAGCAUAACUUGAUGUUGCAAGGUGAACCAAACGACAUCACCUUCCUAGACGCUGGAGGAGUAGAUGUAUUGAGGGCUUCGUCCAUGGACGUGAUUAGUCGUAUUUGUCAAGAGAUUCGAGAACACCAUAUACUUUUAUGA